GCCAUCGCCAAGUCACUCCAACCUCUUCACUGUUUCCAUCCAAGGCAAGGUCACCUGCUUGUCGAUCGCCAUAGCUGUCAGCUGCCAGCUUCUCUGUCCUAUAUCAACUCGGGUUUCAAGUUGAUUCUCUUCCAGACCACAAACUCUUUUAAUUCAGGUCAUCUCCACCAAAGCCUGUGGCAUCUUUACCCGUCCACAAGAUCAAGCCUUGGAGAAGGUUUUGUGCAUUCACAUCAAACUCGAACAAGCGACCACCGCCGGCGACACAAACACCAUGUCCUACGAACAUCGAUGUCUCAUGCGCCGCCGCCUCGAGCUGUAUCACGACAUCUUGACAGAACAGCUGAGGCCUAGGAUCGAGGCUGCCGCUGCCGCUACCACCGAACAUGACGAUUCUGAUGCCGAUCAGUAUAUAGACGACGAUACCGACAACACCGACGACACUGACGACUCCGACGAGGAUCUGUGCGAGUGGGAGCACGCCGAGAACAAGCCAUCCGAGGAAUCGUAUGCCCGUGUCACUCAAUGGCGCUGUGGACUUGAGGGAAACAGGGUUUGGGAGAAGGAUGCACCGGAUUAUUUCGAGAACACCGAGAAGGUAUCAGAUCAAGUGGAGUUGGAGCAGCAGGAUGACAACGAGGCUUUUCCCACCACAGGAGUUCACCACGUUGAGCAUUCCGGCAGUGGCAGCGCCGCGGAUACGAGCGUACAAACUUCUGGAGGACCCCCAACACCACUUUCGGAUGCAGUGGCGUUGGACCCCAUGGCAAAGGUCGAAGAGCAAGGGCGAGCACACAAUGGGGACAACACAUUGAAUGAUCCCAAAACCACAAAGCGGGAAGAGUACAGCACUGCAUUACUCAACGAUAUGGCGUCGGGCUCGGAAUCACCAAAGGACGACUCGCUAGACAGGUUGACGACACCACCCAGCUCUCCUUGCCCCGAGUCAUCCGUCACUGCGAACCCCUUAUUCAUGAAGGAACGUAAUCACAUCUCCCUACACCCGCAAUCCAACCUCAUCAACCACUCCCAAUCCCUUCCCACAAACUCGAGGCUUUCCCAAUCAAACCGUCGUUCCAAAUCCCUACCACCACUGAACCUCCUCCCCUCCCACUGUCCACCAACACCACCCCCGGAAACCUCCUCUCCCUCCACCUCUACCUACUCGCAACUGCGCUUUACCGUCACCCAAGCCGAGCUCGACUUUUUCUACAAACACAUCGAACAGGUCGAGUACAUGAUCAGAGGAAUUGACUACCAAUUCCAAAUGCAGGAGUAUCGAAAUGAGGUCCGACGACAAAAUCGGCGGAGGAGAAGACGGGCAGAGGUAGAGGAAAGGUUGAUGUUCAUUGCAUGGGGCAACGAGAUGUCGUCUGAGGACUGGAGCAACGUGGCAGGUAUGGAUGGGACCGAACAUCAGAGCUGGGAGAACACUGCUGUUACUGGGGAGUGGGAUUCGGGUGGCUUGGAGGGUGAUGAAUCUGCGGACGCCAAAGAAGAGGGCGAUGAUGAUCCCAGCUCUCACAGACCGGGUGAGAAGGGAGAAGGCUGUGGUACAGAUGGACAUAGGGAAGAUGGUGAAUCUGUCGGGGCCGACGGAGCUGGAGAUGAGGAUGCGGUUGUUGCCGAAGAGGAUGGCAGCAGUGAGAACGGAUGGGAUAGUGGUGCUUGGUCGUCCACAUGGUCGGAGCCCGAGGAAAAGACCCAGCUCCAUCAACCCACCCAAAGAAGCCCACUUCGAAAAGGAUACACGCCUGAUGACAUGGUCUGGGAGGAGGCAGUGGCCGAGGCCGAAUACCUGGGCUUCUACGGGCAUCAAUUUAAGAAGGACGAGCGCGGCAGGAGGCACUGGCGCUUGUGAGGGGAGAGGUGUGCAUGCAUGCGUGUGCAUCUGUAUGCGAAACCGUC